UAUGAUGUCAUUUUCAGCAUCCGGUAUGGGAUUCUUUUUGAGCGGACAGAAGUGCGAUCAUUCAGUCGCAGCGAAGAAGGGACAGCUGUAGAGGUGGCGCUGAUUUUCAACGGGACCAGUUCAGAAACAUUGCCCAGCACGGACAAUGUCGCGGAGACCUUGAUAAGAGCAGUGACGGACCCCAAUUCCACGUUGACAACUCAGUUCAAUGUUACUGUGGUGGUUGACUCCAUCCGCGUGCUAACUCCCACAUCUACCACUCCUGAGGUUCCUGCCACUGGAUCCCCCACCGUUCCCACUCAAGUUCUAAUUCUUCAGGCCACCCUGGAAGUUCCGUUCGUGCCUGCACUGGAAAACAGCCAGUCAACAGAAUAUCAAGAAUUAGCAACAACAGUCAUUGGAUUCUGUGAUGUCAUUUUCAGCAUCCGGUAUGGGAUUCUUUUUGAGCGGACAGAAGUGCGAUCAUUCAGUCGCAGAGAAGAAGGGACAGCUGUAGAGGUGGCGCUGAUUUUCAACGGGACCAGUUCAGAAACAUUGCCCAGCACGGACGAUGUCGCGGAGACCUUGAUAAGAGCAGUGACGGACCCCGAUUCCACGUUAACAACUCAGUUCAAUGUUACUGUGGUGGUUGACUCCAUCCGCGUGCUAACUCCCACACCUACCACUCCUGAGGUUCCUAUCACUGGAUCCCCCACCGUUCCCACUCAAGUUCUAAUUCUUCAGGCCACCCUGGAAGUUCCGUUCGUGCCUGCACUGGAAAACAGCCAGUCAACAGAAUAUCAAGAAUUAGCAACAACAGUCAUUGGAUUCUAUGAUGUCAUUUUCAGCAUCCGGUAUGGGAUUCUUUUUGAGCGGACAGAAGUGCGAUCAUUCAGUCGCAGCGAAGAAGGGACAGCUGUAGAGGUGGCGCUGAUUUUCAACGGGACCAGUUCAGAAACAUUGCCCAGCACGGACGAUGUCGCGGAGACCUUGAUAAGAGCAGUGACGGACCCCGAUUCCACGUUAACAACUCAGUUCAAUGUUACUGUGGUGGUUGACUCCAUCCGCGUGCUAACUCCCACACCUACCACUCCUGAGGUUCCUAUCACUGGAUCCCCCACCGUUCCCACUCAAGUUCUAAUUCUUCAGGCCACCCUGGAAGUUCCGUUCGUGCCUGCACUGGAAAACAGCCAGUCAACAGAAUAUCAAGAAUUAGCAACAACAGUCAUUGGAUUCUAUGAUGUCAUUUUCAGCAUCCGGUAUGGGAUUCUUUUUGAGCGGACAGAAGUGCGAUCAUUCAGUCGCAGAGAAGAAGGGACAGCUGUAGAGGUGGCGCUGAUUUUCAACGGGACCAGUUCAGAAACAUUGCCCAGCACGGACGAUGUCGCGGAGACCUUGAUAAGAGCAGUGACGGACCCGAUUCACGUUAACAACUCAGUUCAAUGUUACUGUGGUGGUUGACUCCAUCCGCGUGCU